AUGAAUUCUGGAGAUUACAACUCCAUAAAUCUUGAUGAAGUUGAAUUCGUCAUCGACGAAACACAAAGUGAUCCAUUCCAGGAUCAUAGUUCAUAUGUAGAGUUUGAAGACAUUUCAACCGAUUUCGGUAAUCCGGAAGGAGGUUUUGCUAGUAGAGAGGACAUGGAUGCUCAUGUAAGAUAUGUUGCUGGCUUGAGGAACGUUACUUUGGCAAUUCGUGAUUCGAAGGGAAAAGACGGCCGACGGCCCAAAGUUCGAUAUUUAUGUAGCCAAGGUGGCGGAUACAGACCAAAAAAGGUUACUGGAACUAGGUCCACUAAAACGACAAAAAAUAAUUGUCCAUUUUGGUUGGACGGAAUGGAGCACCCUGGAGGGCGCUGGUACUUUGAAGUCCGGGAGGGGAGACACAACCAUCCGUUCCUGUCUCAUGCUGUGGGAUCUCGUUUAGGUAAAAUAUCCCCUAUUCAACUUGAAGUUAUUAGGGAGCAAGAGAAUUUUAAUUUAAGCCCGAGUAAUAUGUUGGCGUCCAUGAAAAGGGCUGAUCCGGAGAACAAAUCGUGUCAGAAACAAGUUUACAAUGCUGUCAGUAAGGUGCGUGCCCAGAAAAGAGAAGGUCGGACCCCGAUGAAUAAUUUCAUCCAUUUACUCAGGCAAUUGAACUACAUGUACGACGUUCGGACUGCUGAUGAAUCUUCCGAACUUGGAGAUAUUGUUUUCUGCCACCCGGCUUCUUUUGUGAUGGUGAAUGCAUAUCCGGAAGUCAUGAUGAUUGAUUGUACGUACAACACCAAUGAGUAUGACAUACCUCUACUAGAAGUGGUCGGUGCAACAAGUACGGACAAAACGUUCACUAUCGCCUACGCAUUCAUGCGAAAUGAGAGACAAGAAAACUACAGGUUUGUGUUACAGUUUAUCCGUACUUUGUUCGUUAGCCAAGUGACACCUAAUGUCAUUGUAACCGACCGAGAUUACGCCUUGAUGCAUGCUGUCGAGUAUGUUUUCCAGGAAUCCAGGCAUCAUUUGUGUCGCCGUCACAUUGAGCAAUGCGUGCUACAACGAGCACUGCAGCAACCUGGUUUUUUAAAAGAGGCGGCAGAAGGAUUUAAAUUUCGUUGGAAUUGGGCGAUAAGUGCACCGACCAUAGAUGACUUUAAUGAUAGAUGGGUACGUCUGGCAGCACAUUACUCGAAUUGGGGAGCAUUGCUGCAUUGA